UAGAGUAGUGUGGCCAACAGUUGCGAGGGAGGCGGACGCACUGAGAGAGCGCGAGCUAAACCCCGAGGACUGAGUGGUGCUCAGAAAAACCGGAGGUACGGAGCCCCCCAGGGUAACCAUGGCUGUUUCAGCCCCGCCGGUGAUCUCGGCAACUGCGAGCAGCUGCAGCAGCAGCGCCGGGGGCCCCGGGGGCUUGUUCCGGGCCGAGCCCUUGUACUCUUCGAGCCCGUCCGAGUCCCCCCGGCUCACCACCAGCAUGAUUAACAGUUUCAUCUCCACCGGCGGCGGUGCUAGCGGGAUCAGCGGCUGCAGCGGCGGCGGCGGCCUGAGCGCUCUGGGCGGCGGCGGCGGCCUGAGCGGGAUGAGCGGUGGCGGCGGCCUGAGCGGGAUGAGCGGCGGCGGCGGCGGCCUGAGCGCUCUGGGCGGCGGCGGCGGCGGCGGCGGCGGCGGCGGCAGCAGCGGGAUGAAUUUGAGCGUCGUGAGCAUAUUGAGCGGCACUAGCGGCAGCAGCGGCAACGAGUGUAAGAUGGUCGAUCUGCACGGAGUGAAGGUGGCUUCUUUCCUGGUCGAGGGGCAGGAGCUCAUUUGCCUGCCGCAGGUCUUCGACCUGUUCCUGAAGCACCUCGUGGGGGGCCUGCACACCGUCUACACCAAGCUGAAGAGACUGGAUAUCACCCCGGUGGUGUGCACCGUGGAGCAGGUCCGGAUCCUCCGGGGGCUGGGCGCCAUCCAGCCCGGGGUGAACCGCUGCAAACUCAUCACCAGGAAAGACUUCGAAACUUUGUACAACGACUGCACCAACGCCAGUUCGAGGCCUGGACGACCCCCCAAACGUUCUCUGGGAGUGGCCAUACAAGAAAAUGCGCGCCUUCUGCCCCAUGGCGUCCCAGGCCUCAUAUCGCCAGGCCUUAUCUCACCAACAGGUAUUACAGCUGCUGCCAUGGCCGAGGCCAUGAAGUUACAGAAGAUGAAGCUCAUGGCAAUGAAUAGUCUCCAUGGAGGUGGAAGCCAAAAUGGAACCGAGUCAGAAAAUGAAGAGCUUAACUCUAAUGCUGGUGGAAGUGAAUCCUCCUGGGACAAGGAAAAGAUGCAGUCUCCUAUGACUCCUGGAUCCCAGCCCAGUGUGAGCCAUGCCACACUGCCAGGCCAGGCCAGCCUGGGAAGUGCCCAUCCACUCAAUCCUCUCCAGCAAAAUCAUCUGCUGACUAACAGACUGGACCUGCCAUUCAUGAUGAUGCCUCAUCCACUGCUGCCUGUCACCUUGCCUCCUGCAUCAGUUGCCAUGGCGAUGAAUCAGAUGAACCACCUCAAUACUAUUGCCAACAUGGCCGCAGCAGCCCAGAUGCAUAGCCCACUCACCAGGGCAGAGGCUUCUGUCAUUAAGGAGAGGAUUCAGGAGAGCCCUUCCCCUGCUCCUUCUUUGGAUGAGGGCCUUCGCCCUGUCAGCCUUGAAUCUUCUCAUCAUAGCAGCAGCAUGUCCAGCUCUCCUUCUCAGAUGGACCACACCCCGGAGAGAUUUGCUCUGAUGUCUGCCAAUAGAGAAGGAGAGUUCACUGAUCAAGAUAAUGGAUCGAAUCCAAAAAAGCACCAGAAGGAAAAAGAAGAGGUGCAGGUUGCCAUGCCGAUGAUGAAACCGGGCCUAGAGAAGGCCCAACUGGCUGGACAAGCCAUGCCUGCUGGCUUCUCCUCCCCAUUCAUUUUUGCUGAUAGCCUUUCUUCUGUGGAAACGCUCCUGACCAACAUUCAGGGCCUCCUGAAAGUGGCUCUAGACAAUGCUCGCAUCCAGGAGAAGCAGAUGCAGCAGGAGAAGAAAGAACUGAGAAUGGAGCUCUUCAGAGAGAGAGAACUGAGAGAGACCCUGGAAAGACAGCUUGCCGUGGAGCUGCAAAGCAGAGCUACGAUUCAGAAGCGCCUGAAGAAGGAGAAGAAGGCCAAGAGAAAACUGCAAGAGGCCUUGGAAUUUGAGUCCAAGCGUCGGGAGCAAGUGGAGCAAGCCCUGAAGCAAGCCUCCACAGAUGCCGCAAUGCCAGAUAGAGAAAUAGAGAACGGGACUCAGCCUGACAACGCAGCAACAAUGCAAGAGAGCCAGGUGUACAUCAAGCCUCCCGUCAUGUACUGAAGGAAAUUUCUAAUAAGAAUAUAUCCAUACACAUGCCAUCCAUUAUCUGAAGCUAUCUAGUUCGUUAAGUUGUUACCUUUGAUGCCUUCAGUGCUAUGUGAAGAACAGAAAUUGUAGCAUGAAACUUGAAGACGUUGGCUGCAUUGAAUACUGCAACAUCGAAAGCUUUUUGUAAGCCGCUCACGCCAAACCAAGCCUGUUGCAAUUGAUCAUUUGUAGACCCCCUCUCCUCUAGAAGUUUUAGUCUUUUUAAGUACAUAUGAGAUUUAUUCCUUCAAGAGAACUAACCUUUUAUUUGCCCCCCCCUUAAGGAGGUAGCUAUUACUGUCUAGCAGUGGCACAACCCUUAUUAAUCGGCCCUAAUGGUCCCCGCUGGCUUUACCUAUGUGCAAAUCCUAAGUCCAGUUUAGCGCCAAAACUAUUCACCCUUGAGCUGUUUCAAUUGUGUUUAUAAAUUAAGCUUUGUUUACUGAAGCAGAUAUUCCAUAUAUACUACAUUUUGCAGAGAAAUAUGUGUACGUUUAAAAAAAAAGGCAUAAAAAUGCCCUUUCGAUUUGAUGAAUGAUGCGAAUACUGUGUGAGCUUAAUUAAUCUUAACCAGCUGAAGUCCUAUGGUUAUAAUUGAUGCUUUAUAUGCUCAGUUCAGCUUGGCUUUUGGUCUUUUCCAGUGAAAACAUGAAUAUGCAGUAGAGUGUUAGAUCCUAGAAACUUUUACGUAUGGUUUCUCUGUUGUACCAUAUUAAGUUAAAGUACCCCUUCUUUGUUAAGAUGUUCUCGCUUAAAAUGCAGUAUUAAAAAAAAAUCUUUCAUUGACUUUGAAA